GAACUCAUUGUCAGAGCAACGUGACGUGAAACGUAGAAAAUCUAAUCACGCAUUUUGAGAAAAAAGUAUCGGUAACGAAAACAAUUAGAAAAGUUUUACCCGACUUUGAAAUCAGUACAAAAAGAAAAUGUCACCAUCUAAAAUCGAUGAAAUCAAACUGGAUAUUGAGGAGCUAAAUAAGUUUAUGGAACAAGCAACUCGACAAAAAACAAAGGAUGUUCUUACAUUGGAGCUUCGAAGACUUCAAACAGAAUUGUCUAAGCACUUGGAAGAAAACAAAAAUCCGGAUGCUAAACCAGCUCCAACGCAAGUUUUUGGUAACAAAUGUUAUGAAGUUAAACUGAACAACUACGCAUGGGAUCAGUCGGAAAAGUUUAUCAAAAUAUACAUUACACUGAAGAAUGUUCAAUCUUUACCAAAAGAAGCGGUGUACUGCAAUUUCAUGGAACGAUCUAUUGACCUUCACGUCUUAGGAUUGGACAGUCGAAAUUAUCAGCUUCCUAUUAACAAUUUAUGCGAAGAAAUAAUUCCUGAACAAAGCUAUACAAAAGUUAAAACUGAUAUGAUUGCUAUAUUUUUGGCUAAAAAAAUACCUAAGAAUUGGUCCCAUGUUACUGGUGUUGAAAAAAGAAUAAAAGAAGCUAAGGCACCAGCAGUACCUGAAAUGAGUGAAAAUAGUGAUCCAAGCUCAAGUUUGAUGAGUCUUAUGAAGAAGUUUUACGACGAAGGUGAUGACGACAUGAAGAGAACGAUUGCAAAAGCAUGGACUGAAAGUCAAGACAAACGGUCAUCCGGCCUGCCUUCUGUUCCACCGCUUUGAAUUAUAUAUCAUUAAUAUCAUAAAUUUAUGUUGAUAUACUGUAGAAAUUAAAAUUUCAUAAUAUAUAAGGGAUCUUUGGUGAAAGGGUAACCUCUUAAACAGGCGCGCACCGUCUGCGCCAAUAUACACACAACUUUAACGUGAGCCCAGCUUAGCAGACAGAUGCUGUGAUUGAAAACUUGUGCAUGUGUUGACACUGACGGUGCGCGUGUGGCUCGGAGAUUCCCCUUGCACUAGAUUCCCUGUAUGUGUACUGCUUUACAGUAUAAGCUCUUAUCGUUUUUCUAAUGAUCAUAAUUAUCAUUCAAUCAGCAUCGUGAAAUAUAUGUUUCUGCUGUGUAGGAAUAUGUAACCUUGAGGAAGACCAAUACAUUAAAUAAGUUAUAAAUAUUAUAA